GUGUCUAAAACCCGGUCCAGAUACAUAAAUCUCACUGCUAUCUGUAUCUAUCUCCUGUAACAUCAUUUCAAGCACCAAUUUUUACCCAUACAAAACACACGCACCAUUCACAUUCACACACACCACACACACUAAAAUCAUGAAUUCCAAAGCCCUCUUUGGCCACAACUUACACCUAAAAUCAAUUCCAAUCCCAGUCUCAAUCAGUCCUAAUUUCAAUCCAAAGUGCCGCAUUCAAUCCGUUUUCCGAUCAUCUCACUACCCGCUCCUCCGAAAAACCCGGGUUGAAAACCUGAUAGUUUUAAAUCGUCUAAACCGCUCCCGGAUUUUCGCCGCCGUUUCGUCUGUCGGUGAAGAUGAAGAAGAGGAAAUCAAUAGCACCACUAAAAUAGCGGUUGUCGAAGAGGAAUUGGCGGGAAAUGAGAGUAUAUGGGAACAAUUAGUUGAAAUUGUUAAGUUUUCAGGCCCUGCUACUGGUUUGUGGCUGUGUGGACCUUUGAUGAGCUUGAUUGAUACUGCUGUGAUUGGCCAGUCGAGCUCCAUCGAACUCGCGGCGUUAGGGCCAGGGACGGUGCUAUGUGAUUAUAUGUGUUAUAUAUUUAUGUUUCUUUCUGUAGCCACUUCCAAUAUGGUGGCCACUUCACUUGCAAAACAGGAUAAAUCUGAGGUGCAGCAUCAGAUAUCAACUUUGCUUUUUGUGGGAUUGACAUGUGGGAUAAUGAUGCUUUUCUUUACUAGGUUCCUGGGAGAAUGGGCAUUGAGCGCUUUUUCUGGAGCCAAGAAUGCACAUAUGCUAUCAGCUGCAAACACUUAUAUUCAGAUUCGAGGCUUGGCAUGGCCUGCAGUUCUUACUGGAUGGGUUGCACAAAGUGCAAGUCUUGGAAUGAAGGAUUCAUGGGGGCCUAUGAAGGCUUUGGCAGUUGCGAGUGUUAUUAAUGGCAUUGGUGAUGUGGUUCUGUGCCUAUUCUUAGGCUAUGGUAUUGCCGGAGCAGCAUGGGCAACAAUGGUGUCACAGGUGGUUGCAGGAUUUAUGAUGAUUGAAGCCCUGAAGGAUAAAGGGUAUAAUGGUUAUACCCUUGCUGUUCCAUCAGCUUCUGAAUUGUUACUAAUAUUCAAGCUUGCUGCUCCGGUCUUUAUUAUGAUGAUGUCAAAGGUGGCAUUCUAUUCUCUAUUAGUUUACUUUGCUACAUCAAUGGGAACACAAACUGUUGCUGCUCAUCAGGUUCUUGUCCAAAUAUACACUAUGUUCACAGUAUUUGGUGAACCUCUCUCCCAAACCGCACAAUCAUUUAUGCCAGAGCUUAUAUAUGGUGCUAAACGAAGCCUAUAUAAGGCAAGAAUGCUCUUAAAGUCGCUGUUGAUAAUUGGUGCAUUUUGUGGAUUGACAUUAGGGGCUGUUGGAACAGUUGUUCCCUGGUUACUUCCCCAACUUUUUUCACCUGAUCCAGAGGUCAUAAAGAAGAUGCACACAGUUCUACUCCCAUACUUCCUUGCUUUGUCUGUGACAGCAAGUACCCAUAGCCUUGAAGGAACAUUAUUGGCUGGACGUGAUCUAAGAUUUGCUAGUUUAUCAAUGAGCACAAUCUUUUCUUUGGGUACACUUCUCCUCAUGUUUUGUAACAGUUCAGGAUUUGGUUUGCCUGGCUGCUGGUGGACGUUAGUCUUGUUCCAAUGGUCUCGAUUUACGGUUGCUCUCAUACGUCUCCUCUCUCCAAAUGGCAUCCUCUACUCUGAGGAUAUGACCCGUUAUGAGCUUGGCAAUGUUGCCACUACGUAGAAUGAAUUAUAGAACGUCAGGUCUAUUUGAUAUCCGAUUAGCAUAGGUUCUGUGCUCUAUAGGUAAUCAUCUUAAAUCAAACAUUUAAGAAAUUGGCAUUCUUUCAAACCCAAUUGAAGUUAGGAUUAUCAUUGGACUCCCUUGAGGAUUAUAAAUUGUUUACUCCACUGGGUCACUGGGUCCUCUGCUGUCAGUUUUUUGGGCUAUGUGAAUAGCUGGGUACAAUGCAUAGCCGGAAUGUCAGUUGCCCUUCCUUGAGAGUUGAGAUGUGUUGUAUAUUUUUCGGUGGCCAGUCACCAUUGUAUUGCUUUGAACUAUGUAUUAUAACAGUAGUUUUCUUGUUUUGAUCAUGUUAGUAAUUUUAGAACA